AAAUUAUUCUGGAGUUUACGAUUUGUUGCAAAUGGGCCUUCUGUGGCUGUCCAUUUAUUUGAGCGCGCCUACUCACCGCGCGCCAGUCGUUUGCAAACCGCUGUUUGAAGCGGACUUGUAUUAUACUACCGCGUGAUUCUUGCUUUACAUUUCCGCGUAAAACUAAAUCUACAGAAACAUGGCGAAGCUGUCAUCAGGCCACGGCAUCCAGGUGGUGUCUCCGAAUGAAGACCACACCUUCCAGCUUAACGAGUCAGAGCUCCAAGAGUUGCUGCUGCGGGAAGACUUGAAGGACCGGCCAGUGGUGCUGGUGUCAGUAGCAGGGGCGUACAGGAAGGGGAAGUCCUUCCUGCUUGACUUCUUCUUGAGAUAUUUGGAUCAGACUUACAAUAAUGGAGUGGGUGGAGGCGAGUGGCUGGGCGCAGACGCUGAAUCACUCAAGGGGUUCUCCUGGCGCGGCGGCUCUGACCGACACACCACCGGCAUCCACCUUUGGUCACAACCCUUCAAAGCUACCACUCCUGAUGGCGAGAAGGUGGUGAUCCUGCUAAUGGACACUCAAGGCACCUUCGACAGCAACUCGACUGUUAAGGACAACGCCACCGUGUUCGCGCUCUCCACCAUGCUGUCCUCAGUACAGAUAUACAACCUCUCGCAGAACAUUGAAGAGGAUGACUUGCAGCAUCUACAGCUAUUCAUGGAGUACGGCCGCGUCGCAAAGGACGAGAUUGGUGGGAAACCAUUCCAGCAUCUUCAGUUCCUCGUGAGAGACUGGUCGUUCCCGUAUGACCAUCCUUACGGCUCUGAGGGUGGACAACAGCUGCUUAACAAAAGACUUACGGUCAAAGAAUCUCAGCACGAGGAGUUGCAGAGGGUGCGUCAGGACAUCGCGCGCUGCUUUGAGGAGGUCACUUGCUUCCUCAUGCCUUACCCUGGGAGGAAGGUAUCCACUGAUCCUGAUUUCACCGGAAAGCUAUCAGACAUAGACCCGGAGUUCCAGAAGGCACUCCAGCAGCUAGUGCCGAUGCUGCUGCAGCCCAGCAGGCUGGUCACCAAGAAGAUCGCCGGACAGACGGUGAAGGCGCGGGACUUGCUCAACUACUUCAAGAGUUAUGUGGAAGUCUUCAACAGCGAGGAGCUGCCGCAUCCCAUGACUAUACUGCAGGCGACAGCGGAAGCCAACAACACUUCAGCAUCAGCGGAAGCUAGGAACGUAUACGAGACUCUGAUGGAGGAGAUCUGCGGCGGGGCGAAGCCCUACCUGCCGCAGGACGCGCUAGACAUGGAGCACCGGAAGUGCCUCAACAAGGCGCUGCAUGCCUUCGAGAGUAAGAAGAAGAUGGGCGGCGACGAUAUGGCUGCCAAGUUUAAGGAACAGCUUGUAAAGGAUAUCGAAGACCUAUACACCCAACUAUCAGCUCACAACGAGGGCAAGAACUUGUACCGCAUGUUCAGCACGCCGGCGGUGUUCGCGGCGCUGUUCCUGCUGGGCUACCUGCUGACCGUGCUCGGCAACACCUUCGGGGUGCAGACCCUCGUGGCGGUGGGACAGGGUGUCACUGUGGCCGCUGCUGGCAUGCUGGCCGCUUGGGGUUAUACCAGAAUGACAGGCAACCUAAGAGAAGUAGGGAUGCAGCUGGAUGACAUCGCCAAUAAGAUCAGAUCCUUUGUUGUGAGACGAGCGGAGCCACCGCUAAAGGAGUCAUAACAACGGGUCGCCAUUAUUGGACUUCAAGUGAAUUGUUAUGUCUACAAUUAUGUCAAACUGGUCAUUUAUUUAGCGAUGGCACUUACUUUUAAAGUUAUCAAUCGACCCUGAAAUUUUACCUUUACAACUUUUUCCUCGUCGAGAGGAAAUUAUUGAAAACCCUGAAACCGCGUAAAACCUAUAUCGGUCCUUGGGGAACCAUUGAUUCCCUAGCAAAUUUUAGUUCAAUUUGUUUAGCCGGAUUCCUGCGAAAAAGUCCUCCAAACAAGUAGGUGCCAUAGCUAAAAUAUAGAUUAACUACUUAAGUUUUAGAUAUAAAAGUCAGAAUAGCUUGUAAUAAACAUUCUAAUGUAAAUAAUUAUAUUGGACAUGUGACGGAAAUGCGUACAAACAUUGACCACUGAAUAUACACAAUCCUGACAGUUGAAUGUUAUGUUACCAAGAGUGUUCAAUUUGAAUAAAUGUAAACAUUUCUGGCAAUAGAAAUCACUGAAUAUUCAAUUUUAUACAUUUAAUUUGAAAAUCUAUUUUUAGUAUAGAUAAGACCUUGUAUGCCUCUUGUUAAUUAUGUACAUUUUCUAUGUUAUAAUCUCGAAAUAAAAUGCCACAAAUAAAUAAAAAUACUAGGCUUGAAUUGGUCUGCUUCUUAUUGUGUCGCAAUGACGCUGAUAAAUUAUGUACGACGGUGAGCCUCAUAUAAACUGAUGAUAUAAAUAAAUACAUGUAUAUGUGAUAUUAUAGUAUUUGUCGCUAGUAUAGAGACAGAAAAUAAUUGUAAUAUAUGUACUUAGCGAUUUGUAUUGUCCAACGCCUUGAAUAUUGUAAAGGUGCAUUUCUGAGGUACGCAAUAGGCACGCAGCAGCAAUCUGUCGUAUACUUAGGAAACGGCGCCACACUUUAUUGACAGCCGAUCGCAGCCGCAAGCGUAUGUCGCGAGGUUUAGAAAUGUACCCUAAGUGAUAGCAGAUGAUUCAAAUAAUAUAUUAUAUUUAUUAUAUAGAGAACUUUCCAUUACAGACAUAUUUUUAUGAACGGUUGACCAGCGGUUUGUGAUUUUUAUAUUUUGUAAAUAAAAUGAUAAUAUUUUAUACUGUU